AUGGAAGAGUCCAAGGAGGAUACCCUAUCCGAAACACCGCUCCUUCUCGUGGAAUCUCCGAACUCAGACGUACAAGCAGCGGAUGCGAGUGAUUCACUUCAUGACUCAGGAGGGAGAACAACUGAUUCAGGAUCAUUCAGAAGAUGGUUUGGAGAAUUCUGGCUGAAGAGGAGUCUUCCACCUCCAGCCCAGAAACACGUUGACGGUUGGCCCGAAAUCUUCUUGACCAAGUGCUCCAACGACGAUUUGUCACCUCACUGUGGCCUUCAAGAUCAGCAAUGGGAGCAAUUAUCGGCCCACUCGUCUCAUCUGGGGAUCACCAAAACAGCGAGCUUCACUGACCAAAGCAUUGGGAGAUCAAGGGCUGCAACACAGAGUACCUUCAGCCCGAGCAUACAUUCGGGCGGUCGUGGUUCAAUCGAGAGUUUGAGGCCUACUCUCAGCCAUUCGAUGUCCCAUGCAGUGCUACUUCACUCUCUUGAGAGGCGUCAAAUACUUCGGGAGAUUAUCACUACUGAAACCGACUACGUGUUCGGGUUGAAGGCCCUUGUUGAUGUGCUUCUCAUUUGUUCCGUCAGACCCCGGAUAUACCGCAACGUCCAACAGAUUCGACAACUACACCAGAACUUCCUGGCAAGGGCUCGUGCCGUGAGCCCCAAGUCCGUUUCGGCUGCAUCCGAUGUCGAUAAGCUGUUCCCUCAGGGUGUUUCUAAAGGCUUGAGGGCGAUUGACUUGAAACGCCUUAAUAACCUUCAAAACAGAUCUUUGAGGAGACAGAGCCUGAAGACAUCAAUCAUUGCCCACCUCAACUCACUUGCUGCGCAAGGUCCGGAAGCCUCUGACAUCGCGCAUGAGAUUGCGGAAUUGUCAAUGUCCUUCAAGCUCUAUGAAGACUUCUGUAGCAAUUUUGAAUUACUCUUGCAAGAUCCAGUUCAGCGCCUUUGUAAGUAUGAGCUGUUCUUGAAGGAACUACUAAAGUGCACGCCAAUCCAAGAUGACCCGUUAUCGCAUGACAAGAUAAAGGAAGUGCUCGAUGGCCUUCGCCCAACAAUCGAGCGAGUCAAUCAAGCCAAUGAAACUCUCAAGCAAAGAGAACUCAUUUCAAAGACCCUCUUGCUGAGAGAAAAGCUGGAAUUGCCAGAGCCGGACAUUGUUCAUGAUAUUUACCAACAACUGGGACCCAUCAAAUUAUGUGGCGUUCUUCAUGCGACCUACCAGUUACCGGCAGAUAUUGUCGGUGAAUAUAUGGUCUGCGCUCUAUUUGAGAGCUAUCUUGUUCUGGCUGCCUCAAGAGACGGCUGUUCAAGGCUCCGGGCUGUGGCGUGCUUAUACAUCCGUGAUCUAAAGAUCGACACCUUGAGAAACGGCAGAGGGCUAUGCUGCUACGGAUGCUUAUUCUCGUGGAAGCUGAUAUUUGAACAUCGAAAUCAUCAGUACGAGCUGGUCUUGAGCGCAUCAUCGGCGAUUGAAGAGAGGCAAUGGAAAGCCGAGAUACUCAGGUCGGCUGCGGCAUUGACCGAACUUUCGACAGCAGGACAGUCGGAAUCAAGUCUAUAUUCCUUUGAGGUGCUAGGACUGCUCCCACUCGAAUGCUCGACCGGUUUAACACCUCUCUUGUCCCGAAAAUCUUCCAUCCACUCAUUGGCCACUUCUGUGGGUAAUGUAAAUUUGCAGCACAUUGUGAUCAGAAAAACGCACAAGCCUGGAGAGGCAUCGCCUGAGGCGGAUGGAGAAAUCGAACGCCCAAAGAUCCCCCCCUGGGCCUCAGCGCUGGUCCUGACAACCAGAAGACAAGAUAGGGUUGAUCUGGAACGAUUCAUUUUCAACAUAUAUACAAAGAGCUCACUGCCUUAUCCUGGAAUGCCUCCGGCCAAAGGCAAGGACCUGCUCAGGCCUAGUAAGCUCAUGAUAGCUAUCCGGGAAGGAGUGUCAAGACGUUCUAGCUCCGGAGCUCUUCCAACUGCCAGGCGUCCUGCCGUAGUACUUACUCCUGCAAAAAGCAGCAAAAAUGAGCAAAUCGGCCGGGUUGAGAAGGGUCGAAGUGACGAAUCGCCUAUCGAGGACAAGAAGAAGACUGCCUCGCCUAUGAGUCGCAUGGGAACAGUUCGACGAGCUCUAACUGUGAAGUUUCAGGCCAGACACAAGUCUGCUUCUCAUGACGAUCUGUCUUGGCAGUGUAAGGGACAAUCAGACCAUUCCUUUUCCAAGGUGUCAGUACGAGGCAUCUUCAACUCCGUAUCUCAGAGGAGCUCAAAGAGAAGUUUGCGUUUGGCUUUGAGUAUGGAUGGUGGAGCAUAA